AUGAUGGAAACACAAUCCCCCCCUGGGUCCGUCCCCAGGAAACCGCUAUCCUCAGACCCCUCAACGCAGUUCGACGCCGAUGGAGACAAGGAGAAUAUGGGCAGGAAACAGCCCCCUCCCCUUCCUAUGCCGACUAUGGGCCGUAUGCUGGGAGCUCCAAUGUCCCCGGUGAGGGUUAGUAUCCAUGCGGAGGAUUGGCCGCCGCGGGCAUCAAGCGCCAGGAUUGAGGGUGGCGAUGAUCAUGAACGGAAGGUAUCGACGGGCAGUGAAGCGGAUACGACGGAGCAAUACGAGAUUUCAGACCACCAGGUGCCUAUUAUACAGGAAUUUCCAUUUCGACCCAACUUCACGAACAAUGUGGCAGAGCCCGUUCAACAACCCCAGAUGGCUGGGACUCCUGCCGAUAGUUUAAGUUCGAGGUCCGGCUCCACUGCUUCUUCAAUCAAACAUUCCGGCGCCAGACGCCAGUAUCCUGAGCGGAUAGACGAGAAUGGAGACGAUGAGUUCAGCCCGCCUGUGCCUCGAUUCCAGUAUCACCAUCAAUCUCACAAUUCCGAGGGAUCGAACUUUCGCCCUCGCGUGUCCUCGAUGCAGCAACCGAAUGAGCAAAUAGAUAUGGGGACAUCAAUUGGCCGACAUCUAACUCCCACGCUUCCAGGCGCCAGAGGGGCUCAAAUACCCCGUCCAAUGUCGGCGUAUUCUGAUAUGGGACCCAGAGGUCGUUCUCCGUCAUCAUAUAUGGCUCCCCAUUCCCCAGGUUGGAGCGGAUAUCGUGCACCCUCGGCGCAUUCUGGACGGUCGUACGAAGGCAGACCGAUCUCAUACGUGGAUUUGGCAAACAUAUCUUAUCCUCAAGCCCCACCAGCCGCUAUUUCCAUGGAUAAUUCCCAGUUAAGGUCUGUUGUAGGAACCAAUGCCUCGCUGCUUAGCAUGGGGAAGACCCUUGAAAUGUACCGGCAAAAUGUGAAGAAGUUGAAUGAUGCGGAAACACAGUAUGCGUUCGCCAUAUUUUUGAUACAAACUGCGCAGGAACUUGGCCUUGGCCAGGAUGGUGGCGCUGAUUCGUCGCGGAAAAGUCCCAAACUUCCUAAACCAGAUAGUCCUUCCCUGACCCAUCCUCAAUCGUCUCCCCAAGAACUACUGAGUGAAGCCAAAAGCAUUCUGCAAAAAUUAUCUGAUCGGAGUUAUCCUUUCGCGCAAUACUAUUUGGCUGAUGGAUAUGCAUCUGGACUUUUCAGCAAGGGGAAGAAGGAUUAUGGGACAGCCUUCCCCCUUUUUGUAGCAGCUAGUAAGCAUGGCCACGCGGAAUCGGGAUAUCGAGCUGCUCUGUGUUACGAGUUCGGGUGGGGAUGCAGGAAAGACCCCGCAAAAGCCGUACAAUUCUACAGACAAUCCGCUUCAAAAAACCAUCCAGGCGCCAUGACCCGUCUUGGCCGAGCAUGCCUAUCCGGCGAUCUGGGUUUGAACAAGUAUAGGGAGGGCUUGAAGUGGCUCAAGCGGGCGACAGAAUCCGCAGAUAUGCAAUAUAACGCAGCGCCGUAUCAUCUGGGUCUCCUUUACGCCACUGGAUAUGGAGAUGACAUUUUCCAGGACGAGGUAUAUGCCGCCCAGCUCUUCACCCAGGCUGCUGAUCUGGGCCAUGCGGAAUCCUGCUAUAUCCUCGGCGAUGCUUACGAGCACGGGAAACUAUCAUGUCCGCGGGAUCCGGCACUGAGCGUGCACUUCUACACUGGAGCUGCGCAGCGAGGCCAUCCUGCUGCCAUGAUGGCUUUGUGUGCCUGGUAUAUGGUUGGCGCCGAACCUGUUCUCGAGAAAGACGAGAACGAGGCCUAUGAAUGGGCGCGCCAAGCAGCGGAGUGUGGCCUCACCAAAGCCGAAUACGCCGUGGGAUACUUUACUGAGAUGGGUAUCGGGACACGCCGGGAUCCCCUAGAAGCCAACGUCUGGUACGUCAAAGCUGCAGAUGCAGGUGACGAGCGGGCCAAAGUUAGGCUGGCUGCUAUCAGAGCCGCUGCCAGCGGGGGCACGCCAAUGGAGGUUGCCUCGCCGCGGAGCGGGAAGAUGAAGAAAAAUCCCAGCGGGAAUGAGAAGGAAUGUGUUAUCAUGUAG